GCGUAUCGAGUUCUUCCUGUCUCUCUCGUUCGCACGAAAGAACACAGAAAGAGCGAGAUGGAGUAUAAGAAGAGUAUAAAAGGGGUGGGGGAGUCUGAUGCGGAGCUUGCGCCGUGCUUUCGUAAGGCGCGUCCUGGCCUCUCCGGACGAGACCGGAAAGUGGUGAGGGCUUUACUCGUCGGCGAGCUUUCGUCGUGGAGAGCGUGCGCGCGCGCGUGCUAACUCGAGGAGAAAGGAAAAACUGAAAGAAAGGAGGAAGAGGAAGAAGAAGAAAAAGAAGAAGAAGAAGAGGAGGAGAAGAAGGAGAAAGAAGAAAAAGGAAGAAGACAAAGAAAAGAAAUAGAAGAAAAGAAGAAGGCGUCCGUUUUGAUUUUUCGCGUUUUAUCUAAACGACCAAACUUAUCGUCGUUUGAGGAAAAAGAAAGAGUGAAAGAGAGGAAUAGAAAGAAAGAGAAAAAGAGGGAGAGAGAGAGAGAGAGAGAGAGAAAGAGAAAGAAAACGAGAUUUGCGAUAUAAGGAAGAAAAUUAAGAUUGGGAGCCGAAGGAAAAGAAGAAAAGCUGAGACUACAACGACGAUAACGACAAGAAGGAGGAGGUCGUCGUCAGUAGUGGUGGUGGUGGUGGUGGUGGUGGUGGUGGUGGUGGUGGUGGCGACGGUAGAGGACGAAAGCGUCGGUCGAUCGUAAAAAUGUAAUGACCCGGCGACGAGAGAGGAAAGAGAGGUAGCUCCACUUGGAAAGUUUUAGCAGCAAGCUACGUCGUAACUCCGUGAACGAAGAAGCAUCGUCAACUAUAAAGCUCAUGGCGUGAAGCUCGAACAAUCGACCGGAAGGGGGAUUUGUGGCUGUCGUUUCUCUUUUCUUCUUUUCGUCGUCUCUGCGCGAAGAAUUCGAGCGAGAAAGCUCGAUCACAGGAAUCAGAAUGAUCGGGGCCAUGCCAGCAGUGGCUGUACGCCAUGAACGUAGAAGACAAGAAAAGAGGCUAAAACGACCGAGUCAGCUUUAUUUGGGCGGCCAAUGGAUGCCACCCCUUCAAGGUUCACCACCUACACCUAGUCCCCACGGACACAAUAGUCAUCUAGAUCCGCUUCCAGAGCUUUAUCUUUGCGGCAAGAUAUCCGGUUUGCACGCAGUCGUAGUGUGUCUGUUAUUGGGCGCAGUGGUACUUGUAGUUGGUCUUGUCCAACUUGCCCCGGGGGCAACGACCACCGACCACAGACUCGCUUUACUCAUCGCAGGCGCCACUUUGCUCUUACUGGGUAUCAUCCUGGCCGCCGUAAGAUGUUACGUCCUACAUUGCGUUCCCCUACCAGCGGAUUCACCCGUAGCUACUCCCCUUCCCCCACCGACGAACGAACACCAUCAUCAGGCGAUGGUACCGAGAGGUACUCUCGACCUUUUAGUCGGUCAUCAGAAUCAGCCGGAAACCGACGCUCUUAUGCGAACCGAGCAACAUCAGGAUCAACAACAACAACAACAGCAACAACAGCACCAUCAUUAUCAUCAUCAUCAUCAACAUCACGGUAACCAUAAGAAGAAGCGUAGCUCGCAAAGCUCUUAUCCAGACGAAGCCUAAUCUUUACAUCGUAAUUCUGAUCUGCGUCAAUCAGAGAACAAAAGAGACAGAAAGAAAAAUAGAAAGAGAGAGAGGGAGAACGAGAGAGAGAAAGAAAUAGAGACAGAGAGAGAGAGAGAGAGAGAGAGAGAGAGAGAGAGAGGGACAGAAGAUUAGAUAGAGAGCCGAGAAAAUAAGGAACAAGGAAGAGAGAAAAUGAAUGAACAAAAAAUCGUAAAACGGAGGAAUAUGAACGAAAUAGAAAUUGUGAGAAUAUUAAAGAAAGAAAGAGAGAGAGAGAGAGAGAUUCUCCGUCAUGUUUAGAAAGUAAUAGAAGGAAAUCCGUCGAGACAUCGUGAUGUCUCUUAUGAUGCCCUGUAUAUGUACAUUGUACUCGAUUCUUUUAUCUUUUGUAACUUUCUAUAUAUAAAUAAUGCAUAUACAUAUUAUACACACACAUAUAUAUACAUAAAAUUAUACUAUACAUAUUAUAUAUACGUACGUACCGUGUACUCAGUACUUAACGUUACUGAGGAAAGUGCACUUUUCUGUAAAGUGUAUCGGGUGCUCGUUCUUUCAAUCUAUUUCGAUCAAUUUCAUUCAUUAAAAAGUAAGCUAUAAUUUAGCAAGACAAGAUGGGGGAAAUAGGAAAUAAUUAAGAUCGAUCGAUACUUAUAUAUAUAUAUAUAUAUAUAUAUAUAUAAGUAUAAUAAAAUAUAUAAAGAUAUAACUAAAUAAAUGGAGUCGAUGAAAUUAUUUCGUUUGGGAUAAGAAAUCUCAAAAAAAAGAAAAAAAAAAAAAAAUAAAGAAAAAAUAAUAAAGAUUCGAAAUAGCACAGUUAAUAUGGGCACCCUGUACAUUAACGACAGAGCUCGUUACCAUUAUAAAAGACUAAACUUUUUUCUGACAAAACCGAUGAAAUCUCUGUACAAAAGCGUGUUAUACGUAUAUACAUACAUAUAUAUAUAUAUAUAUAUAUAUAUAUAUAUAUAUAUAUACAUAUACAUAUACAUAUACAUAGAGUAGAGACGCAUAUAAAAAAUGAAAAAAAAAGAACACACAAAGAACUCAUACGAAUUAUCGAAAGGAUUCGUUCUAAUUUCUCUGCACAAGUACCUACAUGCUACAUAUGUACGUUAGGCGAGGAUUAGAGAACAAAUGAGAGAACGAUCGAAUCAAGUUUUUGAUUUUUUUCUCUUGAGACUAAACAGGGCAUGAAAAAUAUGUGUAUCGUUUUGAUUAGGUACUAAAGAGAGAAACAAAGGAUAUUAAUUAAAGAGCGAGGAAGAAGGAAAGAAUAGGAGAAAAUAAGUUAGGGAGAUUGGACGGACAGUUGGUAAUAAAUUCCAUGUGAUUUUACGUGCCAAUCUUGGAAACCAAUAUUCCAAUAUAUUCCACAAGAAUACUUCAUUUCUUUCUUUCUACUAAGCUCGAUUGUUUCAAAGAUUUCGGGACUAUUGUAUCUAUCUCGAAAUUACAUAUGUUAGGAAAUCUUUUAUCCCGUUUUAUUUUAAAACAAAUAAACAAAUUUUCUGUCUUUCGGAAUAAGUACAAUUUGAGGAGAACAAUCGAUUGAUACUUUACUAUUUAUUGUUUUUUUUUUUUUUUUUUUUUUUUUUAUCAUUAUUCACGAUUUACGAUGAAACGAAAUCGAGGAAAAAAGAACAAAAAAGAAAAAAAAAAAAGAAGAAAAAGAA